AUGCUCGUUACCUCCUCCCCUCAUAUGUUUCACAGGAAGAUGAUAAACCUUUUUAAGAUCAAGGGGCAGAAGAAGGAAGAGGCGGCCAACUCAAAUGGGGGGCCUCCUGUUAAGAAGCAAAGUCCAGGGGAAUUACGUCUCCAUAAAGAUAUUGCUGAGCUUAACCUACCAAAGACAACUAAAAUUUCCUUCCCAAACGGAAAGGAUGAUCUCAUGAACUUUGAAGCUACUCUACGACCUGACGAAGGAUACUAUCUAGGUGGGUCAUUCACUUUCACCUUCCAAGUUUCUCCUUCCUACCCUCAUGAGGCACCGAAGGUCAAGUGCAAGACUAAGGUUUACCAUCCCAAUAUUGACCUAGAAGGAAAUGUCUGCCUGAACAUUCUGCGUGAAGACUGGAAGCCCGUCUUGAAUAUCAACACCAUAAUAUAUGGUUUAAACCUUCUUUUCUCGCAACCCAAUGACGAGGACCCAUUGAAUCAUGAAGCCGCGGCCGUCCUCCGAGACAACCCGCAGAAGUUCCAGAGAAACGUCCAAAUGGCGAUGUCGGGAGGCUAUGUCGAUAACACCCAUUUCCCAAGGUGCAAGUAA